AAAACGAAAAAUGCUUAAUUUAUCUUCUCUAGUUGGUUUUCUUGUGUUAGGAUUUAUAGGAUGUGUCACUUAUAAAUUAUUUAUUUGGCCAUUUUAUAUUUCCCCUUUGAGAAAAAUUCCUGGCCCACCACCUGAAAGCAUAAUUUUUGGAAAUUUUAAAUCAGUUUUGACAAAAGAGGAACCAUUUCUUAAGUGGAUACAAAAAUAUGGGAAUAUUGUAAAAGUAAAUGGAAUAUUUAAUCGACCAACUAUUGUUGUCGCAGAUACAAAAAUAAUUCAAGAUAUCACAUUAAAUCAUGUUUAUGAUUAUAUUAAACCUCCUGAAAUGUGGAAUGAUUUUGUUAAAAUUAUUGGUAGAGGACUUGUACUUGCGGAAAGUGAAGAACAUAAAAGACAGAGGAAAAUGAUGAAUCCAGCUUUUGCUCAUAAUAACAUCAAAGAAAUGGUUCCAACAUUUAUUCGAGUGGCUUCUACCUUAAAAGAGUUAAUAGAAGAUAAAAUAAAUAAAGGAGAAUCUGAAAUCAAUCUUACACCACAUAUAUCAAAGGCUACCCUUGAUGUUAUUGGAUUAGUUGGAUUUAAUUACGAAUUUAAUUCGUUAACAUCUUCAAACGAAUUAGCGGAUGCUUAUGCUUCUCUUUUUAGUAAUGCCACAAAUCCUGUCGCACGUUUUUUCAUCAGUGUAUUAUCAAGCUAUAUCCCAAUUGUUAGAAACAUUCCGAUAGAUAUAAAUCGAAGAUUUAAAAAUGCGUGUGUAGUUAUCAACCGGGAAUCAAAGAAAUUGAUGGAAGAAAAAAAUAAUGAAGCGAAAAAUGGAGAAUUGAAAAGUAAGGAUCUAUUAUCCUUGUUAAUUAAUAUUAAUAAAACAUUACCUAUUGAAGAGAAAUUGACUGAUGAAGAAUUACAAUAUCAGAUUAUGACAUUUCUAAUAGCAGGACAUGAAACCACGAGUUCUACAACUAUGUGGGCUUUGUAUUUACUUGCAAAAUAUCCACAUGAGCAAGAUUUAUUGCGUGAAGAACUAGCUAAAGCUUUUCCUGAUAAAUCAAAAUUCAAUCCCUCAUUUGAUGAAAUUAAUUCUUUGGAAUAUUUGAAUUGCAUAGUUAAAGAAACUUUAAGAAUACAUUCUCCUGCACCGAUGAUUAGUCGAGCUAAUGUUGAAGAUAAAAUUAUUGGAGGAUAUUUAAUUCCAAAGAAUACUACAAUAAUGAUAGCUCUUUCAGCACUUCAUAAAUCAACUGAAAUCUGGGGCCCAACAGCAAAUGAAUUUGAUCCAAAAAGGUGGUUAAAUCCUUUAUAUACUAAAAAUGUGACCAAUUAUAAUUAUUUACCUUUCAUCACUGGUACAAGAUCUUGUAUAGGCAAUAAAUUAGCUUUAGCUGAAUUUAAGAUAUUGUUAAGCACGUUAAUUAGGAAUUUUGUUUUUCAACCAAUUGAAGGAUUUAAAUUUAAAGAACAAAGUCUUAUGAGUAAUAAGCCUAGUCCAUAUCUUGGAUUAGUUGUUACUAAAGUUGAAGGUUAACGGAACUUAAUUUUUAUUUAAAUUUUUAUAUCACCUUUAUUAUCAUAUUUAACGUUUAUUUUUAUUCAUUGUACAAUUAGUUUAAGAUUUGAUGUAUGUAACUUACUUAAAUAAAAGCAUGUUUGAUUAUUUUCACAAGAUAGUUGACUUUAAUGUAAAUCAUGCCAA